AUGUUUGCAGUAUGGGAGAAGGCCCUUCGAGGGAAGUUCGAGUGGCCGGGGUGGAGGUCGGAGGAAGAAAACGCCAAGGAGGAGUUUCCCGGGAUCCAACCUGUUCCGAAUGAGAUUUCGGAGGACGUAGAAUCCUCGGGUCCAUCUCCGCACCAACAACAGCAGAACACAGGGGUGAAUCGGGGAGGACUCCUUCGGCCGCCGGGGAGCGAGGACGUCGCAUCGCGAUAUCCAAAUGCCGUCUGGGUCAAACCCGACCCAACACUAAUGCGCAGGCUUUCCCAAGAACCCGGAAAUGCCGUCCCCGCCCCGAUAACUCUGCCCCAGGAUCCCAGGAACGCAGUCGCCGCCACGAGAGCUCUCCCGCAGGAUCCCUGGAACCCCGUCCCGGCUCAGAAAAUUCUGCCACAGAAUCCCCGUAACAUCAUCCCUGCCCCGCCGCUCUCCCCUGGCUCCAGGAACGCCCUCUUCACUCCACCCCUUUCCCCAGGUUCCAGAAAUGCUCUUUUCAUCCCCUCUUUCUCCCAUGGUUCGAGGAAAGCCCCUCCAACCCCAGGCAAUUUCCCCCAUGUUCGCAGGAACGCCUUCCCCAAGCCACCCUUCCCUCGUCCCGUGGAUAACAGAAAUCCCUUCUCCACCUUCCACAGAUAAUAAACCUUCCUCCGAGAAGCACCACACGAACGACUGCAGGCCUACGCAUGCUUACGUUGUUGAUUUAUAUCCCAGUUUGUUUUGUUUUUGCCAGCGACUUCUCCUGAAGCUUUCCCUCUUUGCGCCUUUUCUGCUACUACAAUGCCGCACUCAAGCUCCCCCUUCUUUUUUUCUUCGUCGAGAUUGCCUAUGCUCGAGGUGUACAAAAAUGUUCACUCUUUACCUCUCUUGUACAUCCAAAGAUGGGAAAGUGAGGCCAGGAAAGCGGAGCGACUCCGAGUUCUCUUGGGCAUUCUAGUCAUCUCCCCGUGUCAUCCUGUUCACAGUAUUCAUGUAUCGUUCAAACGUGCGACAGAAUGUCUGCACGUGUCGGAAUACACGAGUCGUCGAACGACAAAGGACCAUCUCGAUUCAUUUAUUGCUCCUGAACACAGAUCGCUAACACAUGGGGAGGACAGGAAGGGGGAAGAUUUGCAACAAAAAAAAAUCAGACAUGCUGC